AUGAUAUCAUCGCCUACAGCAAGCAUUGAGACGCCCGUGAAGCUGGCCGCAGAGCGCAAGCAGUCCAUCGACAUCGCGACGGUCCAGGUGCUGGAGAAGAACCUUGCGCACCGCCCGGAAAAGAAGGAUCUCAUCGACCGCAACAUUCUCAAGGCAGCGAAGGAAAAGCUGCAACGGUCGCAACUUGAGGACAAGCUCGAGCAUGCACUCCAGGCCCGCCCGAAACCUGAAGAGCUUGUGAAAGAGGGGAUUCUUAAGGAAUCCGAAGCUCCUCCUGCUUAA